AUAAAAAACACGGGUAACCCCAACGACCACGUGCCAGUGGGAAAAAAGGGGUGAGCGCAUCAAGAGCCAUAUAUGGAAUGUCGGUCUAAGUCAACGGGCCAUAUAUGGUGCUUCCGUGCGUGACGUCUGUUCCUUAUGUGGAAAACGAAGGCGUGGCUGUGGCGGAGUAGACGCGAUACAAAUACUGUUUCCAACCCCGCCUUACUGUAGAAUCACAUCUGCUGACAAGUAAAGGACUUCAAAACUAAGCUUUGAUGAAAAACUGAGAACUAUUAUACGAAAUUGACAUUUAAAGACAAAAUUAUUCGAUGUUCAUUUUAAAGUAAUAAUACUGUGAAAACACGCCAGGCCUCUACGAACAAAAUAAUAUAUAUAUAUAUCUUUUGUGUCAUCUGUUUUUGUUAUUGUUUACAGUUCUUCAUCUCUAGUGGACAAACGAAUUCGUUUCCAUUUAUUUUAACGCGCUGUUGUUGAUGCUGUGAAGAAUAUCCGUUUUUCCUCACGGCUGUUGUUUUGUCUGGAGAGGUCAUGGGUAUUGGCGACCCUCUGGAGAUCUCAGGCAGUGAGUUGGUUCAUAUUUUGCGGACUCCCUCUGAGCUCUUCGCGUCUGGGGGAUGCAUCGUGCUGGACUGCCGGCCAUUCCUCGCCUUCUCCCGAGCGCACAUCCUCGAGUCCCGCAACGUCAACUGGAAUUCCAUGCUGAGACGGAGGUCCAAGAGCUCCGUGGUGUGCCUGGAGUGGCUGGUGGCGGAUAAGUCGCUCCUGGCCCAGCUGCGGAACGGGGACUUCUCUCCGGUGAUGGUCCUGGAUGACAACAGUCGCUCGGUCAGAGAUCUGAAGAGCGAGAGUCUGGCCAGUCUUCUCCUCAGUGCCCUUCAGUCAGAGGUCCAGUCUGCCUCGACGCACAUCUGCUUUUUACAAGGUGGAUUUGACGGGUUCUUCGCACUUUAUCCAGAGCUCUGCUUUAGCCCUCCUCUCAUGUGCUCAAACCAUCCUGCUCUCAGUGAUUCAGAGCCCGUUGUUUCCGGAAGAAAGACUCCUCUCUAUGAUCAGGGUGGUCCAGUUGAAAUCCUCCCCUUCCUCUUUCUGGGCAGUGCGCAUCACUCAUCCAGACGGGAGACUCUGGAGCGAUGCGGGAUCACGGCUGUGCUCAAUGUAUCCUCUUCCUGUCCCAACCUGUUUGAGGAGGAACUUCAGUACAAAACUCUGAAGGUGGAGGACAGUCUGGCUGCAGACAUACGUGUCCUCUUUCCAGAGGCCAUCCACUUCAUCGAUUCGAUAAAAGAGAGUGGUGGUCGAGUGCUGGUCCACUGUCAAGCAGGAAUCUCCCGGUCAGCCACCAUCUGCCUGGCCUACCUCAUACACGCUCGACGUGUCAGUCUUGACGAGGCCUUUGACUUCGUAAAACGCCGCAGACAAGUCAUCUCACCCAACUUAGCCUUCAUGGGCCAACUUCUUCAGUUCGAGACAGACAUUUUGUGCCCCUAUUCUGUAAUAGACAGAAAAAACAGUGGCACUGCGUUUUGAACUUUAAUAUCUUGAACUGACUCCACUAACUUUCAGAAGACAGAUCUACUGGCCACAGCUUUGACCUUAAAGACUGUGAAAGAUCUGCAAAGGUGCUUUCAGGAAGUUUUAGUAUGAUGCUAUCUAUAUAUGCAUGCUUAAUAAGGGGACCAAAUGAGGCACCGUGCCCUUUAAACUACCUAAACUUGUUUGGGUAAUAGAUGGCAUUAGCUGGCUACCUGUUCUCGAUUGUUUAUGGCAAUACAAAGUAAACAUAGAGGAAUGGCUUUCAGUGUUUCUGAACAACAAUGGCAUCGCUGACACAUGGAAAAUGUAAUUUGUCACAUGUCAUUGUGAUAUCGUACUACUAUGAUCAUAUAACAUCGACCCAAGAUAACUUGCAUAUGAGAUAUUGAUGAAACAGACAAACAACUUACCCAAAAAAUGGGUAAUAAAGCAUUUCGCUUUCAUUUUGGCUUGAGCGGUAAUAUAGGGUUAGGAUGUAUGUGUGCAGAUCAUCACACCGUGAAAUUGUUGCAUCAGUCAAUGUUCCAUUUGACUGCAGCGACUGAUGCUGUGACCAUAUAAGGCUGUGAUGUGUGGUUAGUCUUCUGUCUGGUAAAUGUCAAGUUUUUCCAUGAAGUUACUGUCUAAUUGUCAGUCUCAAACAAGUUUUAAAGGGCAAAGACCUGACAAACUGUGAUCUUAGGUCAUUUUAAAGGCAAGUUUAAUUGUGUCACGAUAGGCACUAUUGUGAAUAUUUAUUUAUAUAUUUUCAUCCAAGCAAUGCACUUUAAAUUCGAUUUGUUUGAUAAUAAGAUCUUUUGUAAGCUAUGUGGUUCACUUCAAUAUGUAAAUAAAGUGAUGGAUUCAUUUUUUUA